GUUUCAUUACACCACUAAAAUAAAGCCGUGACAGGAACAAGUGAAGUGUCUUCACACAACCGCACACACACACACACACAACCGCACACACACACACUACUGGCAAGACUUUAACACACACUGACCUGUGUGAUUUUUCAGUACUCGUAAGUUGCCUCUGUGGUGCCGCCCCCUUCUAAUUCUCUCUCUUACACACAACACAACAAACACACAGUCAGUGUAACUGUCCAAGGGAAACGAUCAUGUCAUCUGUGUGAGCACUCACAUUACACAUCAGUCAGAUCAGCAGUGUUCAUCUCUCUCCUCUCUCUCUUCGUCCCGUGUCCUUCUGCGGCAACAGUUGAUGCGUGAGCAGCUUCAUGAUCAGGAGCGAAGGGAGAACCAGUUUAGAUGCCACACCUCCCCAUAUGAGCCGCCCACUCCAACACAAAGCUGUACCCUAAACCCCACCCAGACUUCUGCCAUUGAUGUCAGCACCCACGUGGCCCCGCCCACCACCUCACUUGUGCCCCCUGAAGUGCUGAGGGUGAAGACUCAUUUAGAAAACCCCACUAAGUAUCACCUACAGCAGGCUCAGAGACAGCAGGUGAAAGCGUACCUGUCGACCACACUCGACCCAUUUCCCAGCAUGCCGUGUGCCACAUCUGAACCUGGGGGAAUAAACAGCAGCCCCAACAGUCCCAUGGCAUUACUCACCCUCAGCUCCACCUGUAAGAGAGAGAUGGAUGACGUAAUUGAUGACAUCAUCAGUUUGGAGUCAAGUUACAGUGAUAUGCUAGGAAUGUCUUUGGACUCCGCCCUUCACAUGGCCAACACGGUGCCACUGAAUCAGAUGGAGGUUUAUAAUACUCAGAGUUUAGCUCCACCUACCAUUUCCAUCAGCAAUUCCUGCCGUGAGAACCUGCCGAACAUCAAGAGGGAGUUUUAUGGUAAUUGUGCGAGUGAUUUAACACGCACUCAUAUACAAAGAAACAGAACUCACCUGAUAAGAACAACUUUGUCGAUUCUUCAUCCACUCUCAGCUGCAGAUGCUCGUGCUCUUGCAAAGGAACGACAGAAAAAAGACAACCACAACCUGAUCGAGAGAAGACGGCGAUUCAAUAUCAAUGACCGCAUUAAAGAGCUUGGCACUCUUAUCCCCAAAUCCAACGACCCGGACAUGCGCUGGAACAAGGGCACUAUACUGAAGGCAUCAGUGGACUAUAUCAAGAAGCUGCAGAAGGAUCAGCAACACGCCAAAGAGCUGGAGACCCGGCAAAAGAAACUGGAGAUUGCUAACCACCAUCUUAUGGUGCGAGUACAGGAGUUGGAGAUGCAGGCUCGAGCUCAGGGUCACGUCCCUUCUCCCCAAGGUGACUGCAACAAGCCCACAGAAGGCCACAUCCCAACAUCUGACCCUAGAACCUAUGUGGUCAUGGCCAAGACUACAGAUGCCAAACUAGAUGCCAUGUUGAUGGAGGACAUGAUGUUGCCCUUAACAACAAGCCUUUCACCAAAGAGCAGCGUUACCGUGGAGGAGAACGAGCACACAUGCUAACACUUUAUGGGCUGUCUCAGUGCUGCGUGAUGUUUUAUUUAUCUGUAGUAUUAUUUUAUAUUAAAUAUAUUGUUAGCAUUUUAACUUUAA